AUGGGCUUCUUCUGCGAGCUGUGCCGCAAGACGUGCCACGGUUGUUCGUUGCGGGUGAAGCCGGGACUCGACGACAUUGAUCGCAUCCUUCGCGAACUGGCGGCAAAUGGUCUAUCGCUGCCCUUUGGCUACGAUAUGCUGCGAGAAAAUCCGAGGAUUUGUGGAUGGCACGUGCCGGAAGAGUAUAAGCUGAGAGGCCGAAAGAGGAGCUACGACCCGGGGAGUAUGGCCGUUGACCACGAGGAAGUGCUGGAGAAUGGGAAGGCAACACCGCCAAAUUCCUCAGCCUCAUCUGUUCCAGUUUCAAAACCUAAAACACCCACUAGGCUUGCCAAUUCCAACCCAUCUACCUCCAUGGCUGCAUCACCCCAGGUCCCGCAAUGCUCCGACGAAGAGGACGCGGAGGCACUUUUCGACGAGACGUGCGAGGACAGGCAUGAAGCGGUGGAGAAGCAGGAUGAGAAAGAUGAAAAAGAGGAGAAAGUCGAGGCCAAGAAAGAUGUUGCCGAAACCAGCAAGGCCUACGGCUCGGACGAGGAGGACGCGGAGGCCUUGUUCGAUGACUCCGAAUAUCAAGAUCCGGAAACCGAUGCGAAAUCCGAGGUCAAAGCGGAUUCGAAGAACACUUCAAUCGCCGAAGGGCCAGUGAAAAAGGACGAAAAUGGUGACGAGAAGGCGCAAGAUGUCGUGCCGACACCCGUUAGGCCGGCGAAACCAAAGAGGGUCUAUCAUCCGAAGAAGCCGGCUAACGAGCAGAAAGAGGGAAUACCGCUUGAGACGAUGGUUUGUCAGCUAUGCGGCAAGCGGCUGAGCCAUAAACGAACCGGGCACGAUAUUGUCUACGCACUCAUCCAGCACUCCGUCAGCCACAUCGACAUCAAACCAUUUCAGUGCUCCGAGUGUGACUUCACGGCUCAUCGCUCCGUCUCGAUACCGUUGCACCGACGGGCGCAGCACAAUGGCGUCGGCUCCGUGAUUGACAAUCGCACGAACGUCUACUUUGCCAAGCUGAAGCUGCAGGCGAUGAGGAAUUUCCCGCUGCAAAUGCACGAGGUCGAGAAGUAUAUGGACGCCCAGAUGGCGCGGUUUAACGACGGGCUGUCGAUUCAUUUGGACGAGGAGCGCGAGGUGGAGAAGAAUCAAUGUGACCUUCUCGCUGCCGCCGGCUCGUCGAACGAUGGUGACGGCGCCCCGCCGGAAUUUGAGUCCACGGUUGAUGACGAGCCGGCCCGGAUCGAUGCGCUGAUGGCACUUUUUGGCCACCCGCCAACC